UGGCCGCUGAGGGGUUAAACGUCGUGUGAUUGUAGGAAGUGGGUGGUAAAGGAGCCGAGGAUGGAGCGACGUCUGUGUGGCAGGCAGAGAGCCAUUUGAACCGGAAAAGCGACGGUACAUCGGAGGAGACUGUACACAAAGCUCGCCGGACGACGCAAAAAAAAAAAAACAAACAAAAAAAAAAAAAAAACCUGCGUCCCGGUGAAGGAAAGCGAGCAGCGGUCGUCCAGUUUGGAUGCCGCCGCGAGGACGCCGCUCGCGCGCUGCAGCUCCCGUCUGACGGCGGCGGUGGAAACGCUCAGAUGCCCUGACGGUGCGGGGAUGUCUCCCAUCGCCGAGGCUCGUACGGCUCAGUGUGCGACACGCGCAGGGAACUAACUCUACGUAAGGGCAACGAGCGAAUAGACUUUGCAGGACGAAGCCGGUGACUUCUUCGGGUGUCACAUUUUCCACACGCUGACGGAUGACAGAGGCUGAAUCCCACGUCCAGCAUAACGGAUGUGAAGGAAUGGGUUUUUUGUUUCGGCUCGUCGCGCGGAGUGCCUGGAGGUGAGGAGCUCUGCAAACUUGUUUGUGCUAUCUAAUCUGCGCCGCGAUAACCUUCCGUCUGACCGUCUGGGGUCCUUGCGGGGGACUGCUCUCUAUCACUCAGCUGGACUUCAGCACAUCCCUCUGAUCCCUCCACGAAGCCUCUCCUCCAAAGAGCAAACCCUGAAAGUGGUCCUUGUCUGACAGCAUGGAGUGUCUGCUGGGGUGGAACACAGGAGCUACAUUUUAUGAUGGCCCUGUUUUCACUGUCUUGUUUUGGCUCUAAACCAACCAAACCAUCUUUGUUUCACUUUUCUAAUGACAACAGCCAUGAUACAGCUUUAGUAUUUUUUUUUUUAGUCUUUGCUUUUGCCUGAACAUUGGCGUGGACCCGCAGCCAAGUGUGCUGCCGUGAUGGUAUAUGGUGCUGGUUCCCUGGAAGCAACGCGAGACUUGGCCCUCAACUUUCAGCAUUAGGAACCAAACCAAGAGACCCGCCAAAAGGCACGCGCCAUGGAUGAUUCUGGCAUCAUCCGAAGACGGAGACUGCAGAAGGAUCUACCUCUGCCCCGAAAAAGUAGCAGUUGCAGAACCAGUAACCGGAAGAGCCUCAUCCUGACCAGUACUUCCCCCACCCUGCCAAGGCCUCACUCCCCAUUGCCCGGACACAUAGGAAGCAGUCCUCUGGACAGCCCCCGCAACUUCUCACCAAGCGGACCUGCCCACUUCUCUUUUGCCUCAUCUCGAAGGGCUGACGGUCGUAGAUGGUCUUUGGCAUCUCUGCCUUCCUCAGGAUAUGGCACCAAUACACCCAGUUCAACGGUAGGUUCAACGUCAUCCAGUUCUUCUCAGGAGCGUCUGCACCAGCUGCCCUUUCAGCCAACCAUGGACGAGUUGCACUUCCUCUCCAAGCACUUUGGCAGCACAGAGAGCAUCACAGACGACGACGGGGGCCGACGUUCGCCGCAUGUGCGCCCUCGCUCCAGAAGCCUCAGCCCGGGGCGCUCCCCAUCCUGCUAUGACAAUGAAAUAGUGAUGAUGAACCAUGUCUACAAGGAACGCUUCCCCAAGGCCACAGCACAGAUGGAGGAGAGACUCACGGAGUUCAUACACCAUUACUCUCCAGAGAACGUUCUUCCCCUGGCCGACGGGGUCCUCAGUUUCAUCCACCACCAGGUCGCUGAGAUGUCCAGAGACUGCCUGACCAAAUCACAUGAGGGGCUGAUCACAAGCGUUUACUUCCGAGAGCUACAGGAGAAACUGGAGAAGCUGUUGUACAAUGCGUAUGAACGAUCAGAGAGUUCGGAGCUCACCUUCGUCACUGAACUUGUCAAAAAGCUCUUCAUCAUCAUAUCUCGUCCUGCCAGGCUGCUGGAGUGUUUGGAGUUCAAUCCAGAAGAGUUUUACCACCUACUGGAGGCUGCAGAGGAUCAUGCCAAAGAGGGACAACUAAUGAAAGCAGACAUCCCCAGAUAUAUAAUCAGUCAGUUGGGGCUGACCCGGGAUCCACUGGAAGAAAUCGUGAACCUUGACAGCUAUGACAGUGAGGGUCCACAUACUCCAGAGACGGAUGACUCAGCGGAGGGAAAAGGCAAAUCCAUCAAGCCACCCUGUGAGGAGGACUUUCAGACCAUCAAACUGAUCAGCAACGGAGCUUAUGGUGCUGUCUAUCUGGUGCGGCACAGGGAGACACGUCAGCGAUUUGCCAUGAAGAAGAUCAACAAGCAGAAUUUGAUCCUGAGGAACCAGAUCCAGCAGGCGUUUGUGGAGAGGGACAUCCUCACCUUUGCAGAGAACCCCUUCGUUGUGUCCAUGUUCUGUUCCUUCGAAACACGCCGCCAUCUCUGCAUGGUUAUGGAGUAUGUGGAAGGAGGAGACUGUGCUACUUUGUUGAAGAACAUCGGAGCUCUGCCUGUAGAGCUAGCGAGGAUGUAUUUUGCUGAAACCGUUUUGGCCUUGGAGUAUCUGCACAAUUAUGGUAUCGUUCACAGAGACCUGAAACCUGACAAUCUACUGAUCACCUCCAUGGGACACAUUAAGCUGACAGACUUUGGUUUGUCAAAGAUGGGUCUAAUGAGCCUCACAACCAACCUGUAUGAAGGACACAUAGAGAAAGACGCUCGGGAAUUCCUGGACAAACAGGUCUGCGGGACCCCAGAGUAUAUUGCCCCUGAGGUGAUUCUCCGUCAAGGAUAUGGAAAGCCCGUGGAUUGGUGGGCCAUGGGCAUUAUCCUCUAUGAGUUCCUGGUGGGCUGUGUGCCUUUCUUUGGAGACACUCCUGAGGAGCUCUUUGGACAGGUCAUCACUGACGACAUAGUUUGGCCAGAUGGUGAUGACGCUUUGCCUGCAGACGCCCAGGCUCUCAUCUCUGCUCUGUUACAAACCAACCCUCUUGUAAGGCUGGGCACAGGUGGCGCGUUCGAGGUCAAGCACCACUCUUUCUUUUCUGCGCUGGACUGGAACAGUUUGUUGAGACAGAAAGCGGAGUUUGUCCCCCACCUGGAGUCUGAGGAAGACACCAGCUAUUUUGAUACCCGCUCAGAUCGUUACCACCACAUCAACACGUACGAUGAGGAUGACACCAAUGACGACGAGCCUGUGGAGAUUAGACAGUUCUCCUCUUGCUCUCCUCGCUUCAGUAAGGUGUACAGCAGCAUGGAGCAUCUCUCCCAGCUGGAGCAGAAAGCUACGACCUCUGUGUCCCGUCGGGAGCACAGGAGCCCACGGGAGGACAAGGUGACAAAAAGAGAGAGCCUGGGAAGCUUUGGCAUGAGGGAAAAGAGCUGGAGGACUGGAUCACCUGAGAUGAAGCGGCUUUCUUGUUCGGAGUCUCUGUACAUGGAAGGAGAUGCGAGCCCUCCUCUUGGUGCCAGGCGACGCUUCUCAGCUUUGAUGGAAACCAAUCGUUUUGCCUCACCGUUCGAAGGGGAGUCAGAUUCCAUGACCCGCCAGAACCUAAUGAAGUUCAGAGGAACCUCACUGGACGGGACUACUGUUCCUUCAGCAAGUCUCCUGGAGCACAGGCCCAUUGUGAAGGAGCUCAAUGGAGCAGAUAAAUCAUCCAGACUUGGAGAGAGCAGUGGUGUAAGCUCUGCCGUCAUGACAUUAUCCUCCGGUCCUGCCACACCCAGUCGGGAUGUGAUCACCCCUUUGUAUGACCCCCUGGGGCCCAGAGCCACCAACGACCUGGUCCUCCGCCGGGCACGCCACCACCAUUUAUCUGGUGAUGGAGAAAAACGGAACUCCAGACAAGGAAACAAGGUCAUCAAGUCAGCGUCUGCCACAGCCCUGUCUGUUAUCAUCCCAUCAGUCGAUCAACACGGUGGCUUCUCUCCACUGGCCAGCCCCAUGUCGCCCCACUCUUUCUCCUCCAACCCAUCAUCGCGGGACUCCUCACCCAGCAGAGAUUUCUUUCCUGCAGUCAGUGUUCUGCGCUCGCCUAUCACAAUCCAUCGCUCUGGGAAGAAGUACGGCUUUACCUUAAGGGCUAUCAGGGUCUACAUUGGAGACAGUGACAUUUACAGCGUCCAUCACAUGGUUUGGCAUGUGGAGGACGGAGGGCCGGCUCAGGAAGCUGGUCUGUGCGCAGGCGACCUAAUAACUCAUGUCAAUGGUGAACCCGUCCAUGGUUUGGUCCACACUGAGGUGGUAGAACUCAUCCUCAAGAGUGGGAACAAGGUGACAGUGACAACCACCCCUUUUGAGAACACCUCCAUUAAAGUGGGCCCAGCCCGUAAAGCCAGCUACAAGUGUAAGAUGGCUCGAAGAAACAAGCGGACCACUGGGAAGGAAAGCCAGGACAGCAGUAAGAAGCGCAGCUCCUUGUUCCGUAAAAUCACAAAGCAGUCCAACCUUCUCCACACCAGCCGCAGUCUGUCCUCUUUGAACCGCUCGCUAUCCUCCAGUGAGAGUCUUCCUGGCUCGCCGACUCACAGUCUGUCUGCCAGGUCCCCGACUCAGGGCCACCGCUCAACCGCUGAGCCCUCCUACCUCGGUGCUUCUUCCCAGAGCAGCUCUCCCGCCUCCAGCACUCCGAACUCACCCUCUCCCUCGCAGCACAUGAGGCCCAGCUCCUUGCACGGCCUCUCCCCAAAACUUCACCGGCAGUAUCGCUCGGCCCGCUGUAAAUCUGCUGGAAACAUCCCGCUGUCCCCUCUGGCGCACACCCCCUCUCCCACUCAGUCUUCCCCCCCUGCAAUGCCAGGCCACACGAUAGGGAGUUCCAACACCACGCAGUCCUUCUCUGCCAAGCUCCACUCCUCGCCACCCGUGGUCCGCCCCAGGCCGAAGAGCGCCGAGCCCCCGCGGUCACCUCUCCUCAAGCGGGUCCAAUCAGCAGAGAAGCUUGGCUCACCUCUCACCCAGUCCAGUUCCACAGGGGGGCUCGGAGGUCCGCUGAGGAAGCACAGCCUAGAGGUGCAGCACUCCGAGUACCGCAAAGACGCCUUCCUCUGUGAGCUCGGGCUCCAGAGCCUGCUGGAGACGGAAGGAGAGAAUCUGCCUCCCAAUGUCCCGGCGCCGCCUGCGUCCCCCGCCGCCCCGGAGACUGGGGUGCUGAAGCCUGUGAGGAGACUCGGGAGACAGGAGUCACCACUGAGCAGAGAGACCCUGCUGGCUGGAAGGGAGAGGGAAGAGAGAGAAAGGGGAAGGGACAGGGAGAAAGACAGAGAGGCAGGGGCAAACCAAGCAGGCGGGACAGGAUCACAGUCAUCCUUGGCAAGAAAAUCUUCUGCAAGUGAUACUAACAUCACAUCCAAGCAAAGCGAAGAAGCCAGGAAAGUCUCAACCCUUGGUUCUCCUGGCAAAGCUGGAGGCAUACCCGCUGCUCAACUAGAGGUUAGGAACAGUAAAGACCUCCAACUCAAGCAUCAAGGAGGAAAACCUGAGCCAAAGCAAGAGGGGGAUAACAAAACUAGGCCUUGUCUAACAACUGCUGCCUUCAACAAGACCUCGUCCACUCCGGAUAAAUCCAGUGGUAUCAGCAUGGCCGUGACAGGAGCGUCCCUAAACAUUAAUAAGACUUUUAAGUCAUCAGGUAUGGGAAACAGCCAGCGGAAACCCGACAGCAACGAUUCAAGAACUGCUGAGCUCGGCUCCAAAAGCCCCAAACUCCCAGCUAGGGUCCUGGCUCCUGUGGUUCCCUCCCAUGGGCAGCCGCUCUCCCUGGGUAAAGUGAGGCAAGGGCUGGGCCCUGUUAAUUGUUACAGGGGAACUCUUGACUGGGAGGACAAAUGUCGCCUGGAAGUGGUGGAAGAGCAUUCCCCCUCCCCUUCCCCCUCUCCGACCGCCGUCACGCCCUCCCUCUGCGGACCGUCGCUGUGUAAGUCGCGGCCCGUUUCGCCUGGGGACAAGACGAGCUUCGUCAGCCAGCUCACCACCGUGGCCAAAAACGUCCUCGGACCGAUCAAGCUAGGCUCCACCGAGGGGACUAAGAACAAAGAGCAGCAGAACAAGGCAUCAGAGGAGAAGCAGGGAGGUGCCGCUGGGAAGUCUGAGCCUCCUGCAGGAGCUCGAGGGGCUCUGGGCGCUGCGGUGGUGACUCAAAGUCCUGGCAGUUCUCCGCUGGACAAAGCAGCAACACCUGGAAACCUGCCAAAAAUUUGACCGCCUCAAUCUUUGAAUCAGACUUUAGUUGAAAAUAGUAAAAAAAAAAAAAAAAAAAAAGUGUGUUUUUGUUUGGAGGGACAAAAACCCACAAGACAGGCACUUAAAGAUGUACAUUCCAGUUUCAUAGUAUACAAAGUCUUAUUUAUUAAUUAAAUCCUUAAAUAAAUCUAGCUUAAAAGCAGUGGAAAAAAAAUAACUGUAAAGGUGCAUUAAAUGUUGGUUUUCUAUGAUGCAUAAUUUAUGAAGACACAUAGUCGUGUAAAGUGAAACACUUUAUCAGAUAUAUAUGUGUGGGUCAACGUGAAUGCAUGUUAUGUUCUAUGUACUGUAUGUGCAUAAUAGGUACAAGAGGGUCAAAAAGUGCUUUACUGAUCAAAACAUGCUGAAUACUGUGAAUACCAAAUUCUCUAACUCUUUUUUUCUGUUUUCAACCAGACCAAACUUGUCUUUUUUUUUAACCGCUGUUGAAAAUGGGAGAGUGAAUCAGUCCAGGUGUAACGUUUGCUUUAAGCAGCACAUAUUACACAUGGCAUCGGUUUGGCUUCUGUGUAAAAGCAGCAACGUGGUUAGGCAUGUUUUACUCAUCAUCCAGCAGUUUACUUCCUCUGGACGGUCAGACGAAGCCGCGGCGACCCUGUCAGUGGAUGUCACCAUCAGGACCCGUCUGACUCCCCGUCUGUCUCACAGAGGAUCGUCUGCGACUGCGUGUCCAUCCUCUCCAUCGGUACUUGUGAUUCCUGAAGGCCGCGGAGGAGAAAGGGAACGACUGAACUCGGGCUCGGUGCUUAUCUCGUCCUCGCAGGAAGGCCACGCCAGCCUUUCUUCUCCCUCUGCCUCCCAGCGCAACCACGCGCACAAAGCACAAACGCUCAGAAAUACUCGCAUUGCCCCGGGAGACGGCUCUGUCUGCAGCUGAUUUUUUUUUUUUUUAAUCCAUACUCCUGUUGUGAUCUGUGAAACAAGUGGGCUUCUAAUUGUGAUUUUGGGAAGUUUAAACGUGGGUGUGUUUUCUGAGAGGCAUCAUAGCCAUGAAGGCAACAAGACAGAAAGCAGCCGGGAAUUCUGUAGCUAGGAUCCAGGGACAGUUGGACACCAGCGGGUUUGAAAUCCUCUAAUUGGCUUAUCACACUCACACGAUGCAGGCUGAUUUUACUGUAGAAGCAUGGAACAGUGUAGAAUACAUAUAUGUCAUAAGCACAUAGAAAAAGUGAAGGGUUUUCAGCCAGGCAGUUGCUCAUGUAGCAUAAAAUCAUUUGUUGAAUGGCUGUGUGGGUAAAGCAGAUGAACCUGAAAUAGUACAUAGUAACGAACCAAUUUUGAAAAAAGUUUGUCUGGUCAAAGCUCAGAUGGUCUUUCACAGGACACAAAAUGUGUCGUACAGUGACUGGCAUCGUUAUUCAUACCCGUAGAACAUUUUACACGUUUUCUUGUGUCACAACAAACCUCUGUAUUUUCUGUGGGGGUGGGGUGGUUGUAUGCGAUAGACCAACACAAAGCAGUGCAUAUUUAUUACAUGGUUUUUCAAAUCUUUUAAAUCUGAAAAGUGUGGCGUGCAUUUCUGCUCAGCUUACAUCAGCAAGUCUUGACGCCCAGCUUUGCACACCUAGAGAACGAAAACAAAACGUCUCUAACUCUGACAGACUGGGUGGGGAGCGUGUGAACAUCAGUUUUCCACUGUUGCAACUGACUCCCAGUUGGUUUUACGUCUGGACGUUGGUUAGACAAUCCUGACAAAAUGAAUGUGCUUUGAUAUUAAGCGUUCCAUUACAGCUGUGGCUGUAGAACAAAAACAAGCACAUUCAAGUGUUUCUCUGGUAAAAUGGCUGUUGUCCCUUGACUUGGGAAAAAAGCGUGAAGCGCGUCCUGCAGAAACAGCCAUUUUGGUCUCAUAUGACCGGAGCACUGUAUUUCACGUCCUGAUGUGACUUGUGGCAAAUUUAACUAGGACUUAUAGCUUUUUGCCAGGGUUGUUAAGUACAGUAAUAAAAACUGUGUUGUCCACAGAUUCUCCCACCUUAGCUGUGGAUCUCUGCACUCUCUCCAAGGUUACCGUAGACCAGUUGGCUUCUUCUUCUUUUUCUUUUGUCUUCACGUUUCCUGUCUUGGCAUUUCAGUCAUGCCAUACAAAGAAAAGGGAUGUGACAGAGGAGCUUUACUCUACAAAAAGGAUAUUUCUAUCCUUAUUGUGUGAUUGCCUUUAGUUAAUUAAGACUGCCUCUGGCAUCAAAGUAGACCGGAGCUUGCAAAAGCCCGCCCCUGGGCCAAAGAGAGAAAGAUUCCCUCCAGAGCCCAGCUUAUUCCCUGCUGGCUUCUUCUCUGUAAUAAUUCUCUUGUUUAGUAAAUUUAGUUUGGUUUGAUUUGGUUUAGUAGAUUUGCAGUUCUCCCAUCCCAUACUCUUUCCAUUGAUGUUCACACUCUGGAAUGUUGUUUUAUAACCUAAUUCUGCAUAAAACUCAGCAUAGCUUUAUCUCCUAGCUAUCUGCUGUGUUUCUUGGUCCAUGUAAUGCUGUUUGUUCACGAUUGUUCCCUUUUGACUCUUUGAGGCAUCUGGUUGUGCUGACCUAGGAACUGCCUUGGUGGCACCUGAAAAGAAAUGCACAGCAUACAUUUUUUUAAGAUUAUUUGUGAAAGUUUUCAUGUAUCAUUCUCCUUCAAAUUCAAAAUUAUAAGGCAUUUUGUGUUGGUCUAGCACAUAAAUCCCCAAUAAAAUGCACUGCAGUUUGCAAAUGUAACAUUAAAAUGUGCAAAACUUCAUAGGGUAUAAAUAGUUCUGCAACACACUGCAUUUGUUAUCAUAGUCUCCUUAUACGCAAGCAUCCUAGCCUAUCCGUCCAUUGUAAAACAACGGAGUUAGACACUAAGUAACUUAUGCAAUUUGUCUUUGAUAUAUUUUGAUUAGCUCAAGUUAACUUAUGCAAACAAAAAAAAAAAACAUAAAAUCAGCCAAAAGCGGUAAAUCAAUUUGACAGCAAGGUGAAGUUUAAAAGCUGAAAUACUAUGUUUAAAUGUGUUCUUUAACUAUAAUUCUGAUUUUACUGAAUUAGACUCCUAUGUUGUCCGAGGUGAGAUUAAGUCUGCAGGACGCUACAGUAAAGUGUAAACCUGCUUUCUGUUUCAUGCAGUGGUAUCAGCUCUUGUAGCAUACCCUAUGUAAUAGAUGCUCUGAGGGAUUUUCCUACAUCCAUGCAGUACUCUACUGCCAUCUUCUGGUUUCCAGUGAUGACUGUUGAACAUUUUAACAAGGCUGAUUUGUUGCAGGAUUGACGCUACAAACCAUUGUUGUCCUAAAUAUGCAUUCAUGUUUCUGAACAAAGACUUAAAGUAACUAUUAACUGAACACGUGGAACAAAACAGUGUUUUUUUUCCCCCUGCUGUUCUUCUUGUGACUGUUAAUUUUUUAUUUGGACUCUAUUUUUGAAUAUAAUGUAUGAAUAACUCUGACAGGAAGUACUGCUACGUAUAUCUUAAUAUAACAAUGGGAACGUCAUCUUUAACUAAUCUGAUAAAGAAUCAAGUUUUUUUUUUAGUAUCCAGGCAUUACCCCAAACAGUGGUGUCAACAAAAUUACUUUUCGUUUCUUUUUGGAGAGAAUAUCAUCCAAGCACUUUAUUUGUGGGAAGGAUGUCUUUGUUUUUGGAACUGCUCAAACGUUACUGGAUGCUAACAAAUAUACAGUAGAUGGUAUAAAUGAUCCCAGUAAUCCCAGUAUAAACAUUCCACUCCUCUCUGUUCACUCAGUGUAUUUAGUUGUUCCACUGGGGUCUUUUUUUGUUUGUGAUAGAUGCAGACAGCUGAAGUGCAGUAUGUGGAAUAAAGUGAAGAGAUUUGUUCUGAAACCUUC